ACAUCAAUACCAUCCGCAACAACAUCAAUACCAUCAGCAACAACGUCAAUACCAUCGGCAGCAACAUCAAUACCAUCGGCAACAACGUCAAUACCAUCGGCAACAACAUCAAUACCAUCGGCAACAACGUCAAUACCAUCGGCAACAACGGCAAAACCAUCGGCAACAACUUCAAUACCAUCCGCAACAACAUCAAUACCAUCGGCAACUACAUCAAUACCAUCGGCAACAACAUCAAUACCAUCGGCAACAACGUCAAUACCAUCACCAACAACGCCAAUCCCAUCACCAACAACAUCAAUACCAUCAGCAACUACAUCAAUACCAUCAGCAACAACAUCAAUACCAUCCGCAACAACGUUAAUACCAUCGGCAACUACAUCAAUGCCAUCAGCAACAACAUCAAUACCAUCGACAAGAACAUCAAUACCAUCGGCAACAACGUCAAUAUCGUCACCAACAACAUCAAUACCAUCAGCAACAACAUCAAUACCAUCGGCAACAACGUCAAUACCAUCCGCAACAACAUCAAUACCAUCAGCAACUACGUCAAUAUCAUCCGCAACCACAUCAAAACCAUCAGCAACAACAUCAAUACCAUCG